UCCACCGUUUGGGCUGGAUCUCAAAAGCCUGAUUUCCAGGUAGGGGGAAGAGUGACUAAGGGUGCAGAGCUGGGAGGAUUUGGAGAAUAGAGGAUCUUCGGUUUUCUUCCUGAAUGGAAUACUGGGAGAUCUGCUUAGUGCAGGAGGUGGAUUGGAGCUGUGGAACUGCGGGGUGCCCCAGGCUGGGAAGAGUUUCCCCAGACAUGGACUGAACGCUCCAAUGUUUGUGGGUGAGCUUUUAGGGGAUAAUGAAAGAUCAGUAAGAAGAUUGUACCCUCGCACUCUCCCCACCACCACCCCAACUCCUGCAUUUCGGUUACAUGUAGGGCCAGACUUGAGGGCAGGGGCAGUAACGAGCCAGAUGUUUGGUGUGGGGAGAUCCAGGCUAUCUAGUUGGCUUCUAGAGAAGGCACAAGAACUGUGGGUUCUAAACUGUGACAGGGAAGGACAGUUAUCUUAGUGGAGGAAGAAGCUAGGAGGCUCUAGAGUUGGGAAGGCCCUGAAGACGGUGCGUUGUUAGCUGUGGAUACUUUUCCAAACAGGGAUAGCUGGAGUUAGGGCAAUGAGUUGGUAGCAAGUGGAUGAACUGUGUGUUGGGCUGAGGACCCUUGUGUGCCAGGGAGCAUGUAGCUGGUCUAGCAGAUGUUGGGAUGGAAGAGCAUUGAGAACAUGAAAAAGAAAGGAAACCUGUUAAUUUCCCUGGGGAAUUCAUGAUGGAGCUGAGGGAGUCUUCCUUUCCCAGAGCUGGCUCCUGAGUCUCCAGAAACAGUUCCUUGUGUGCCCAGGGAGGUGAGGUGCUCAGGGAGUAUGGGGGGCAUUUGAUGAGCCAGGAAGUGUGUGAGGAGAGUUGGGAUUCGAGUGAACCUGCCGCCCCUUGAGUAAAGGAGGCCCUGGUGUGAGAGUGACCCUGGAAGUAAAUCCUGGCAGCCAAGGCUCAGAGUGUUUUCCUGAGAAGGCGCUAUGGGGCCUGGGGCUAAACAAUAAGGAGAGGGGAAAAAAAUGAGGCCUCAGAAGAGACUUGGGAUUGGCAUCUGGUCCUCACUUGUUCCCAGGAAAUGGGAUCCUGUGGAGGGGCCCUGGGUGUAGGUAGGUGUGCACUGGUCUAGGGAUUACCCGUGUGCUGGCAAGUCUUCCGUGGUCGUGGUCGGUUCCCUGAGAAGAAGGGAGCAGUUGGCCUGUGACUGUGUCCAACGGAGGAACCCUGGCAAGAAAGGCUUAUGAAGGAGCCGCAAGGGUGCAGCCAUAAGCUUGCUUCCAGCAGAAGGGUCUUGAGAAAAUGUCAUGGACAAUAUUACCAGACAGAACCAAUUCUACGAGACACCGGUCAUGAAGCAAGAGAACGAGUCAGGCUAUGACAGGAGACCACUAGACAUGGAGCCACAGCAGCAAGCCUAUCGCCCAGAAGUGAAGACAGAAAUGAAGCAAGAAGCACCGCCCAGCUUUCUUCCCCCUGAAGCCUCACAGCUCAAGCCAGACAGACAACAAUUCCAGAGUCGAAAGAGGCCUUUUGAAGAGAAUCGAGGCCGUGGGUACUUCGAGCACCGAGAGGACCGAAGGGGCCGUUCUCCUCAGCCUCCUGCUGAAGAGGAUGAAGAGGACUUUGAUGACACCCUUGUUGCCAUUGACACAUAUAACUGUGACCUGCACUUCAAAGUGGCCCGAGACCGAAGUAGUGGUUAUCCGCUGACGAUUGAGGGCUUUGCAUACCUGUGGUCAGGAGCCCGUGCCAGUUACGGGGUCAGAAGGGGGCGUGUGUGUUUUGAAAUGAAGAUCAAUGAGGAAAUCUCCGUGAAGCACCUUCCAUCUACAGAGCCUGACCCCCACGUUGUCCGUAUUGGCUGGUCCUUGGACUCUUGCAGCACUCAGCUAGGUGAAGAGCCCUUUUCCUAUGGUUAUGGAGGCACAGGGAAGAAGUCUACCAAUAGCCGCUUUGAAAACUACGGAGACAAGUUUGCAGAGAACGAUGUGAUUGGCUGCUUUGCGGACUUUGAAUGUGGAAAUGAUGUGGAGCUCUCUUUUACCAAGAAUGGCAAGUGGAUGGGCAUUGCCUUCCGAAUCCAGAAAGAAGCCUUAGGGGGCCAGGCCCUCUACCCGCAUGUCCUGGUGAAGAAUUGUGCUGUGGAGUUUAACUUUGGGCAGAGGGCAGAGCCCUAUUGCUCUAUUCUCCCAGGGUUCACAUUCAUCCAGCACCUUCCCCUCAGUGAGCGGAUCCGGGGCACCAUUGGACCAAAGAGCAAAGCAGAGUGUGAGAUUCUGAUGAUGGUAGGCCUGCCUGCUGCCGGUAAGACCACAUGGGCCAUCAAACAUGCAGCCUCCAACCCUUCCAAGAAGUACAACAUUCUGGGUACCAAUGCCAUUAUGGAUAAGAUGCGGGUGAUGGGCCUGCGUCGGCAGCGAAACUAUGCUGGCCGCUGGGAUGUCCUGAUCCAGCAGGCCACUCAGUGCCUCAACCGCCUCAUUCAGAUCGCUGCCCGCAAGAAACGCAACUAUAUCCUAGAUCAGACAAAUGUUUAUGGGUCAGCCCAGAGACGGAAAAUGAGACCAUUUGAAGGCUUCCAGCGGAAAGCUAUUGUAAUCUGUCCAACUGAUGAGGACCUAAAAGACCGCACAAUAAAGCGAACUGAUGAAGAAGGGAAAGAUGUCCCAGAUCAUGCGGUCUUAGAAAUGAAAGCCAACUUCACUUUGCCUGAUGUUGGGGACUUCUUGGACGAGGUUUUGUUCAUCGAGCUCCAGCGAGAGGAAGCGGACAAGCUGGUGAGGCAGUACAAUGAGGAAGGCCGCAAGGCCGGCCCACCUCCUGAAAAGCGCUUUGACAACAGAGGUGGUGGCUUCCGAGGCCGUGGGGGUGGCGGCGGUUUCCAGCGUUACGACAACCGAGGCCCUCCUGGAGGCAACCGAGGAGGCUUUCAAAACCGGGGAGGAGGUGGCAGCAGCGGUGGUGGAGGAGGCAACUACCGAGGAGGUUUCAACCGCAGCGGAGGCGGUGGCUACAACCAAAACCGCUGGGGUAACAGCAACCGGGAUAACAACAACUCCAACAACCGAGGCAGCUAUAACCGGGCUCCCCAGCAACAGCCACCACCGCAACAGCCGCCACCACCACAACCACCACCACAGCAGCCACCGCCACCACCUAGCUACAGCCCUGCUCGGAAUCCCCCAGGGGCCAGUAGCUACAACAAAAACAGCAACAUCCCUGGCUCCAGCGCCAAUACCAGCACCCCUACAGUGAGCAGCUACAGCCCUCCACAGCCGAGUUACAGCCAGCCACCCUACAGCCAAGGAGGCUACACCCAGGGCUACACAGCCCCACCACCUCCACCUCCACCACCACCUGCCUACAACUAUGGGAGCUAUGGCCCCUAUAAUCCCGCCCCCUAUACCCCACCACCACCGCCCACUGCCCAGACCUACCCUCAGCCCAGCUAUAACCAGUAUCAGCAGUAUGCCCAGCAGUGGAGCCAGUACUACCAGAACCAGAGCCAGUGGCCGCCAUACUACGGGAACUACGACUAUGGAGGCUACUCGGGCAGCACACAGGGGGGCGCCAGCACACAGUAACGGGUGCUGGAGCCUCCAGAGGCCCUGCCAGCUGCUUCUACGAGCACCUGCCUUGGCCCCUUCCAUCCCUCUGAGUCCUGUGGUGCUGGGGACAAGAGUUCUCCCAGGGCUGCCUCUCUCUGGCCCACUUCUUCAGAGGGCUUCUCCCUUCAUAAGGCCAGGCACCUUUUCUCUGGAUUCAAGCAGGCAACAGUGACCUUUUCUUUUGUCUGUGUCCCAUCCACUUCCUCCUCUCCCUGCCUUUUUAACUACAGAGUCCUCCUCUCCUUGGUUACCCAGUGAGGCCACAGUGAUUGGGGAGGACCCUUGCCUGUCUGCCCCUCCCCACCCUGCUUUUAGCCCCAUGGCUUCCCAGACUCUCACGCAGUUGGUUGUAAAUUCUUCCAGGAGAUGUUUUACUGUCUACUUUUCAGGAUUUAAAAAAAAAAUUUUAAAAAACUUUAAAAAAAAAAAAGUUUAAGCAAAAUGCAGAGGGAGGAAGAAGCAGUGACUUUUUUUGGUAAUUAUGCUUUUUUUUUAAUUUUUAGAAUUUGUCUGUUUUUACUGUGGGUCAGCCGUUGAUACUUCAUCAAAUAACCAUUUCUUUGCUGAGUUCAGGUAACCGAGGAAGAGCCACACCCUCGAAACAAAACAACAAAAUCACCUUUAACCCAACUUUUUAUAUGAUGUCUCAGUUCCCCGUAACUUUGCACACAAGCGUCUGUGUUCAGUUGGAUUGUAACUGCUUUUUGUACUUGGAGAGAGUGUGACUAUUGAACUUGAAACCUUUUACUCCAGGAGUCUUGGUAGUUUCUGGUGGGCUUGAGAGGGUGAAGGGAAGGUGGGGGUGGGGCCAGCCUCCCUUUAGACCCUCACGCUCUUCCUCCACCCCACCCAGCAUUGCUUCUCCAGGUGCCAGACCUCCAGAGUUUUACAUGCUCCCUUUGAUUACUCGCACUUCCUUCUACCCUAUGUUUUAACCGGACUUUAGCAAACUGCACUUACUACGAGAUGUUUUACCCUGUUUUGUUUUGUUUUCUUUCAAUAAAUGACAUGGCACCUGCUAUCAGGAAGGAAGCGGGGUUGACACCCUGAA